GCUUAUCGUUGCAUGUUUAUUACAAUGAUUCAGGUAGUCUUUGAUAGCAGAGCAGAUAAAAAGAGACUUCACAAACAAUAAGGAUGCUGCGACAAAGACGGCUGUUUCUGAAGCUCAGCUUGGUCCUGGGAUCGCUGUGGAUAUAUGUGCUGCUUCAUCGCCCAAAAGCAGCCUGGGAUCCUACCUACAUGCUCAGGUACAGCUGGCUGGAAUACACAGACGAUGACGGCGGCCCGGUGAAAGUGUGCAACUGUUCGGAAAUCCUGCGUGGAGAGAGGGAGGCUCUAGAGCAGGCCAAACUUCUGACCAUCACCAAAGACUUCCACAAGAAUGUGCAGAUCCCUGAUGAGUAUUAUAUCAAUGCCACCCAGGACUGCAGGAAUUUCAAGCGAAGCAGAAAAUACCUGACAUUCCCAUUGAGCCAGGAAGAAGAAGACUUCCCUCUGGCCUACUCGAUAGUUGUGCAUCAUAAGGUGCAGAACUUUGAGCGACUGCUGCGAGCCAUCUAUGCACCUCAACAUUUCUACUGCAUCCACGUGGACAAAAAAUCUGACGCCUCGGUGCUCUCUGCCAUCACGGGCAUCGUCUCCUGUUUCCCGAACGUCUUCCUGGUCAACCGGACCGAAAGCGUGGUCUACGCUGCAUGGCCGCGCGUCCAGGCUGACCUCAACUGCAUGGGGGAUCUCUAUAAAAUCAGCACCAAAUGGAAAUACUUCAUCAACCUCUGCGGCCAGGAUUUCCCUCUAAAAACCAACUUGGAGAUCGUGAGGAUGCUGCGUUCACUAAAUGGCGGGAACAGCUUGGAGUCGGAAAGAAUGGUUGACGCUAAGAGGUGGAGGUUUUCUUAUGUCCACAAUAUAACUAACGGAAGCAUCCAGUUUACAGGAGUUUUAAAGGAGCCGCCUCCAUUCAACAUCCCCAUUCUGUCAGGAAACGCCUACAUAGUGGUGAACCGAGGCUUCAUCCGCAGCGUCCUGGAGGACAAACGAGUGCUGGCCCUUAUGGAGUGGUCCAAAGACACCAACAGUCCCGACGAGUUUCUCUGGGCGACCAUCCAAAGGCUCCACGGCGUUCCUGGAUCGACGUGGCCCAACCCGAAAUACGACAUGACAGACAUGAACGCGAUCGCCCGGGUGGUGAAGUGGAUGUGGCACGAGGGGGAAGAAGGGUCGGAGCAGGCCGUGUACCCGGAGUGUCAGGGCGACCACGUGAGGGCGAUAUGUGUGUACGGGGCUGGAGACGUGCAGUGGCUGAUUGAGCAGCAUCACCUCUUUGGCAACAAGUUCGACACAGAGAGAGAUCCCAUCGCUGUCUUCUGCUUGGAGAAGUAUCUGAGACAAAAGGCCCUGGCGGAGUUACGUUAGUCGACUUAGAAAAAACAACAAAACCACUGGAGAGAAGACUAGUUCAUUCUCUACAGACGUUUCCACCAGGUCAGGGUCAGACUACUGGAAGUGCCUUUGAUUGUUUCUGCAGAAUAUAUACAAAGUGGGUGGUACGUCUGACAGCGAGGAGGAGGCGGACUUUGUGACAGAAUACUACAUACAGGACGAGAUCAGCAAAGAGAGGAGGCGGACCAUUUUAUCCACAGGAACUGCUAAGAUCAACACAAAAUGAAAGUUCCUCACAGGUGUUUUUACAUUUUCCAAAAAAGGCCAGAGGGAAAAAAGUCUUCUUGAAGAUUUCAUGCCUCCAUUUGAUGCACGAUACAUUUUUUUGGAUAUGCAAAAGCGAGCAAACAGCAACACCUCUGAGUAUUUAUUCUCCAGGAAAACACUGGAGAUUUCAAAACAAGAAAUGUGAACGUGACAAGUCAUCACUGGAGCAGUUGCAGAGCUGCCUGCUCUCAGUAUGUAUGUAUGUGCUCCGAGCCAAUCAGAUCAGGCUGCCGGCUAUUUCCCCAUGCAAAAGGACUAGAAGCAUGUCAUCAGCAUGACUCACAGAUUCCCUCAAUUCUUUUAAAUCCCUUCUUAAAACGUGCUUUUACAGACUUGCUUUUAUGUGAUGUCGUCUUCUUAAAGUCUUUUCUUUCUGGUUUUACUAUUUUUAUCUUCUUUUACUUCUUACUGUCCUUUUAUUAAUCCUCUUAUCUUAACUCCUCUUAUGUUUUAACUUGAUAAUUUCUUAUCUUACUUUGUCUAUUUAUGUUUUAUAUUUAUAUUUACUUUUUAUUUUUAUUAAUAUUAUAGUUUUUUUUGAUCCUUUAACCACUUGUUUCUAUUUCUUUUACUGCUCUUACCUUCUUAUUGCUGUUAUCUUUUGAUUUUCUUUUAGCUCUUUUAGUUUCUUUUUAAAUCUUUGCUCCUCUUGGUCUCAGCUCGUGUUGUUGGGUUCUUGUUUUGUCUGGGUUCUUAUGAUGGUUCUUAUGAUGGUUCUUGUCUGUUGGGUAUCGUGCACUAUGGGUUCUUUUCUGUUGAAUUGUAUUUAAUUAUUUUUAGUAUUUUGCAUUUGUUAUGUUCUUGCUGUUGUUUAUGUUCUUCUGUGUUUGGGUUAGUUUGUUUUUGUUUUUGCUGUUUGUCAAAGAACUUUGUAAACCUGUGUUUUUAAAAGGUGCUAUACAAAUAAAGUUAUUAUUAAUAUUAUUAUUAUUAUUAUUAUUAUUAUUAUUAUUAUUAUUAUCUGUUAUAAGUGGCUAUUUUGUAUUCUUGUUAACAUUAAAGAGUGUUUUUUUUUUUACUGAUCUGUAUAAAAAAAAUGAAGUGUUAUAUAUAAAAAAGUAGAUUGGCACAUCCAAAAAAGUCUGGACUCUCCAGUCCACAAUCCCCCUGGGUGAUGCAGCGACACUGACUCCUGUCCUUCUAUAUUUAUGUACUUUUUAAUUCUUCUGAAACUCUAGGACAGAGUCCAAGACAAUUUUCCCUUCGGGAACAAAGAAGUACAUCUUGUCUUAUCUUAGAUUAGUGUUAUCAGAUAUAUCAUUAUGCAACGUCCAACGUGUGCAUUGUUUGUGUGAACAGACUUUUUCGAAAUGUUAUCAUUCCAUGAAAGUUGCAAAUCAACCAAAUCAAUUUUAGAAACUGAAUGCUGCGACAGGCCCAGACUGUGAGGAAAUAUUUAUGAAUGUGAAGAUAUGGUUGGUUGGAAAAGUUGAAGUAGUAGCAUGAAGUACUAAAUAAUUAAAUAUGGAUUGAAAGAGCUGCAGCUCACUACAACACCUUCAUUAAGCGUCUGGAGAAGUGGUUCUCAGCCUUUUUAGACUUAAAGUCUUUAUAUGUGAUUUUUAACACUUAAAUAUAAUAUAAAUCAAGUAUAUCCUCUGAAAAUAA